AUGUCUGCUCCAGCCCAAAAUUACAAGAUCGCCGAUAUCUCUUUGGCUGCUUUCGGUAGAAAGGAAAUCGAAAUGUCUGAAAACGAAAUGCCAGGUUUGAUGGCUAUCAGAAAGGCCUACGCCGCUGAACAGCCAUUGAAGGGUGCCAGAAUUGCUGGGUGUCUGCACAUGACUAUCCAAACCGCUGUUUUGAUUGAAACUUUGAUUGCUCUAGGUGCUGAGGUCACGUGGACUUCUUGUAACAUCUACUCUACCCAAGACCACGCUGCUGCCGCAAUUGCUGCUUCUGGUGUUCCAGUUUUCGCCUGGAAGGGUGAGACUGAGGAGGAAUAUUUGUGGUGUAUUGAACAACAACUUUUCGCAUUCAAGGACGGUAAGAAGUUGAACUUGAUUCUAGAUGACGGUGGUGACUUAACCUCUUUGGUUCAUGAGAAGUACCCAGAAAUGUUGGAGGACUGUUACGGUGUGUCUGAGGAGACCACUACUGGUGUUCACCACUUGUAUAAGAUGGUCAAGGAGGGAACCUUGAAGGUCCCAGCCAUCAACGUCAACGACUCCGUCACUAAGUCCAAGUUCGACAACUUGUACGGUUGCAGAGAAUCUUUGAUCGAUGGUAUUAAGAGAGCUACUGAUGUCAUGUUGGCUGGUAAGGUUGCUGUUGUUGCUGGUUACGGUGACGUCGGUAAAGGUUGUGCUGCUGCAUUGAGAGGUAUGGGUUCCCGUGUUGUUGUUACUGAGAUUGACCCAAUUAACGCUUUGCAAGCUGCCAUGGAGGGUUACCAAGUUGUAACCAUGGAAGAAGCAUCCCACUACGGUCAAGUCUUCGUUACCACCACUGGUUGCAGAGACAUUAUCACUGGUGAACACUUCGUCAACAUGCCAGAAGACGCCAUCGUUUGUAAUAUUGGUCACUUCGACAUUGAAAUUGAUGUCGCGUGGUUGAGAAAGAACGCCGUCGAGGUUGUAAACAUCAAGCCACAAGUUGACCGUUACUUGAUGGCUAACGGCAGACACAUCAUUUUGUUGGCUAACGGUAGAUUGGUCAACCUAGGUUGUGCAACUGGUCACUCUUCUUUCGUCAUGUCAUGUUCCUUCUCUAACCAAGUCUUGGCUCAAAUUGCUUUGUUCAAGGCUAACGACAAGGCUUUCAGAGAAAAAUAUAUUGAAUUCCAAAAGACUGGUCCUUUCAGCCUCGGUGUCCACGUUCUACCAAAAAUCUUGGAUGAAGCUGUUGCCAAAUUCCACUUGGGCAACUUGGGUGUCAAGUUGACUACUUUGUCCGAUGUUCAAUCCGCUUACUUGGGUAUUCCACAAGAAGGUCCAUACAAGGCUGACCACUACAGAUACUAA